GUAGACGUCGUUGUGUAAACAAAUUUUCUUUGAUUUGAUUAAAUAAAUUAAACAUUCAAUUAAGAAAACUUAGUGCUGAAAUUUUGAAUAAUAACCUCAAUACUGUGUUGAAAGUUGUGAGAAUAAAACCAUUCGAAGAAUGUAAUUUAUUUAGGAGAAUAUUGCUACUAUUGUGUGUGUGUGUUAAUUAUAAUUAACAAAUUUAUUAAUUUUCUGCGCAUUUCUUUUAUCUCUUUUUCUAAACGUCUCUGCUGUCUUGUUAUUAUUGUCAUUGCCGUUUAAAUAUCCCCCCUUUUAUCCACAAAUCAUUUUGUUCUGUUCGCUAUAUGUAAUGUUUUGUUGUUGGUGUUUAUCAUACUACAUAUUUCAAAUAAAUCUCAUCCAUAUGUUUUGCUGCGUGUUGCAUAUUUAAAUCUCGGUCAAUAGUGGAUACAAGAAAGACACCGCUAAAUUUAAAUUAAAGAAUAGAAUUUAAACGUAAAGAAGAAUAGAUUUGUAUUAAUUUCAUCAACUGUGAACAAUAAAUAGUUCGGUUAUAUUUUGUAAAAUUACAACAGCAUCAAACUGGCGGAGAAAAAGAUGCAAAUGGCUUUAUGCCAAUCCUCAGUGCUAAAAGUUUAUCAUGCUGUAAUUGAGGAUGUGAUAGCGAAUGUUCGUGAUGCCUUCCUUGAUGAGGGUGUUGACGAGCAAGUUCUACAGGAAAUGAAACAGAUAUGGCGGUCAAAAUUAAUGGCCAGCAAAGCUGUAGAAAUAAAUCCAGAUCCACCAGAAACACAACCACCACUAAUUGUGUCCAACAAUCCUAAGGUAAUUAAAGCCCAAGCAGCUAAGGCAAAAAAGGCAGCGGCAGCUGCUGCUGCAGCUUCACAGCAGCAACAACAGCAGCAGCAACAAAGCAAUAACAAUGGUGCAGCUCAAAAUUCGUCAACAACUGGCGUUGGUGCAAAUUCCUCAUCAUCCACAACAGCUGAUGUUAAACCAAAUAUAGCAAAUUUACAACAAGCAACCAAUGGCCCAACAACAACAGCUGGCACUUCAUCUAAUGUUACAAACACAAUAAUGAAUGGUAACAUCAAGCAAGAACCCUCACAACAGCAGCAACAAAUUCAAACGACUCAAAGUCAACCACCACCAUUACAUCCUACCUCAUCUAGUUCGGCUAUGAUAUUACAACAACAAAAGCAACAACAACAACAGCAGCAGCAGCAACAAGUUGGUGGGACGAAUCAACAGCAACCUACAGCUGGCAGCAGCAACAAUCAGCAACAAUCUUCUACCAUACCCAUUGUUGCCGCUUUAGAUCCAAAUCGUAUUAUGCCCGUCAAUAUAACACUGCCUGCUCAACCUGGUACCAUGAAUUCUGAAUCUCGUGUACUGACCAUACAUGUGCCUGCCUCUGCCUUGCAAGAAAACCAGCUGACACAGAUCUUAACAGCUCAUUUAAUAUCGUCUAUAAUGUCACUGCCUACAACAUUGGCAUCGUCCGUGCUACAACAACACGUCAACGCAGCACUAGUUAACGCCAACAUGCAAAAAAACUUCAACACAUCCAAACAAAUGGAUGGUGCUCUCGAUACGUCCGACGAGGAUGAAAGCGAGGAGAGUGAUGGUAAUAUGGAUGACGAUGACAAUGAUGACUUGGAUAAGGAUGAUGAAUCCGAUAUUGAAAAUGAGGGUGGUGCUGAAGAAGAACCGCUAAAUAGUGAAGAUGAUGUAACCGAUGAAGAUGCUACCGAUCUAUUUGAUACUGACAAUGUUAUAGUGUGUCAGUACGAUAAGAUUACACGAUCACGUAACAAGUGGAAAUUUUAUUUAAAAGAUGGUAUAAUGAAUAUUGGUGGGAAGGAUUAUGUUUUUCAGAAAUCUAAUGGGGAUGCUGAAUGGUAGUUUACCUUUAAUAUUAUUUUUUCUUUCUUAACACAAUAAAUUACUUAAUUUGCUCUUGUGCUCAUAACUUAAAAUAAAAUUUAUUUGUUGAUAUGGUUAAAACAAAACAAAAAUAAAAAAAAUAAAACGUUUAGCUGUAAAAUAUGUCUCCUAUUUAAAAAAAAGAACUCAUUAAAAAGACAAACAAAACAACCUCUCUGUACGCAGCCACUUUUGCAAAUAAUCUUUUUUAAAAUUUAUUUUUCUUCACACAUACAUACAUGAUAUACGUACAAUUUACAUUUUGUAUAACAUUUUUUCAAAUCCAUAUUAAAUUGUUUAUACUAUACACUUUUGUUUUUCACUGGUUUAAUGCUAUAGGUUAAUAAUAUAUUAUUUAAAUAAAAAAAGGAAAUCUACAUUGAGAUGAAUCAAA